AUCGGGUGCUAUAUGUACAUUAAAUAAAUGCGAAGCACCUUAAAAUGUUGAUUCCGCGUUUCAAUAUCACACAAACUGAUACGACAGUUACGAUAACCAUACAUGCUCCAUUCGCCAAAGUAAAAAAUACAGAAAUACAUGUGGAUAAAACGGAUUUCAUAUUUUCUGCUAGUCCAUAUUUUCUCAGAUUACAGCUACCGGGUGAAAUAGUGGAAAAUGAUUCAUCUACCGGUUCUUAUGUUUGUGAGAAGGGUGAAUUUACUUUAAACUUUUCGAAGGUCAAAGAAGGAGAGCACUUUGAAAACUUAGAUAUGAUAAGCAUUUUUUUAGCACCAUCAAAAAAGAAAACUAACAUUGUUUCUAAUAUUGAAGUAAUUGGUAAUCCUUCUGCAAGUACAGCAGAUAUAGAUGAAAGUUUGAAUGACAAUAACAUCUUAGAUAAUAAUCCUGAUAACAUUUUGCCUUUGCCUCAGAACAAUCCUACAGAAAAUAAAAUAAUGAUCACAAAUUAUUCAAAGUAUGGUUUUGCAAACAAGGUGUCAGGAGUUUUAGUUCCUUAUGAGGCCGCAUGGAUCAAAGAUAUAAUAGAUCUUCUCAAUCCUGAUACAACUCCAGAAGUAGAAAGAAAAAGUUUACAGGACAAGCGUGAAAAGGAAGACUUUAGCGAACAACAUUAUAUGGCUGAUCUCAUGCAGCCAGAGUUUGAAUCAUGUUUGACAUAUACAGCAGAAUGGGACACACUGCAAAAAGUUGACAUUGCAUUUAAUAGAUCUGAAGUUGACCUGUUGAAGGAACUUCCAAACAAAGAAUAUUUGUUAGAUGCUGCCGAGGACCAAAAAUUAUGUUUGAAUCUUUUUGAUAUUUUAUUUGCCAGUUGUUAUAAUCAUCGAACAACAUUAGGAGAAAAUACUGUGGAAAGUAGUUGGACAAUAAACAAAUUAAGUUCUACGUUAUCUUGGUUCCAGACUUUUACAUCUAUUGAUGAGGUUAUAACAGCAUGCUUCCGAAGAUCACUUUGUUACCCACUUUUUAGAAGUUGGGAACUUUCUGUGAAAAUUUUCGAAGAUGUUAAAAAAGUCUUUGCAUUAGGAAAGAAGUAUAUUAUUAAACGCUUCUGUGAAAUAUACGAACUUUUCAAUAACUCAUAUGAACCACGGUAUAUAUUAAAUGAAUUGUACAUAAAACAUUUUUUGAUUUGGUUGCAAAAAUCUCCUAAAUCCUUGAUAGAUUCAUUUCAUUCUAUUUUAAAUGACAAAACUCCUCCAAACAAAGCAAGUCUGGGAUUAGAGCUAGUUGAGUUGGAAACAGCAGCUUAUUCUGUUCAAGAAGAAGAAGAAGGACUUGUUAUAGAAAACAAUCAUAAAAUAGCUGUUAACGAAAUAGCUCAACAGAUUGACGAAUUAUCUCUAACCAAUAUUGAAAAAAAAAGGUUAUCAAGCGGUUCAAGUUCAACUGAUAGUAGUGAUUCAGAAACUGAAAGCAGUACUACAUCAAGCACCACUACUACCAGCAGUACCAGCACCCUUGAUUCCGAUGACUUAAGUGAUCCUGAAUAAGUGGGAAACCUAAUGCCUUUGAUAUGUACUUAUAUUUGUAAAGUAUAUAUUUGUUAUCCUAGAAAUUAAGAGUAUAUUUAAUAUCAAUAUUAUCCUUAUGGAUUUCUCUUAUAUUGAUUUUAAAACAUUAAUAUUGUCAAAUACAUAAUUUUAUACUAUACUUAUUUAUCUCCAUCAUUUUGUGCAUAUGCAACUUAUCUUUGUUACAAAUUCUAUAAUAUUUUAAAUGUAACUGCUCUAACUAAAAUGUGUAAAUUAAUUAAGACUAUCCUAAAGUUGACAUGUAAUACACUGAAUGUAAUAAAAUAAUCGACGUUGAUAAAACAAAAUUUUUAAAUAAA